AUGGCAAUUUUAGACUUGAGUGAACAACAAUGCAAGGAUCAUUAUGCUAGUCUGACACCCCGUGCUCUUGAUAAAUUCUCGGAACAUUUUUGGCAUGAUAAGAAGAAUGCCUUGGCCAUGAACGCCAUCAUGAAUAGCGAUCCUACCCAAGUCAUGGUCAAUCCAUCCGUGGCUCUCAAGAACCGUCAUGUAUUUAAUGUCAAAUUGGAUGUCGAAGGUGUGGCUACCAAUCAAAAGCAAAGUGGUCGUUGUUGGAUCUUUGCAGGCACAAAUGUUCUCCGCUUGGCCGUGAUUCGUAAAUACAGAUUAAACGAGGAUUUUGAGUUGAGUCAAAAUUUCCUUUUCUUUUAUGACAAGCUUGAAAAGGCCAACUGGUUUCUUGAAAAUAUGAUUGAUUUAGCUGAGGAAGAUAUCAAUGAUCGCGUAGUACAAUACCUUUUAACCUCGCCUGUCGGUGAUGGCGGACAAUGGCAAAUGUUUAUUAAUCUGAUUGAAAAAUACGGUAUUGUUCCCAAAACUGCCUAUCCCGAAACCAUCGCCUCUUCCUCCACUGCUCGUCUCAAUUGGUUGGUCACCGCCAAAUUAAGAGAGUUUGCCUCUCAAAUUCGAAAGGCGCUUCGUGAUGGUCUUUCCGUGAAUACCAUUCGUGUCAUCAAGGAAGAAAUGAUGCAGGAUAUCUAUCGUAUCAUGGUCAUUUAUUUAGGCGAACCUCCCCUUAGCUUUGAUUGGGAAGUCAUUGAUAAAAAUAACAAGUGUGUUUCGCUCUCCAACAUGACUCCCAAAAAGUUCAUGAAGGAUGUGGUCGAUUAUCCUAUCUCUCAUACAAUGUCCCUUAUCAAUGAUCCUCGUAACCCUUAUGCUCGUGCUUACACUGUGGCUCGUCUUGGUAACGUGGUAGGUGGAGACCCCAUCAAAUAUGUCAAUACCACUGCUUCCCAAAUGAAGAAGCUUGCCAUGGACGUACUCAAGUCUGGUAACCCCGUAUGGUUUGGUUGUGAUGUAGGACAAUUCAGUAACCGCAACACGGGAGUCAUGGAUACCAAAGUAUUUGAUUAUAAGCUCACGUUCAAUGUGGAUUUCAGUAUGUCCAAGGCUCAACGCUUGUUGUAUGGUGAGAGUGCCAUGACACAUGCCAUGAUGUUUACGGGUGUGCACUUGGAUAAGAAUAAUAGCCCUGUACGAUGGAGAGUGGAGAACAGUUGGUCAGAGACAUCGGGUGAAAAGGGAUUCUGGAUCAUGAGCGAUGAAUGGUUCAAUGAAUUUGUGUACCAGGUUGUACUUGAAAAGGCAGUUGUUCCUAAAAAGUUGGUGGAUUUAUUAGAUGAAAAGGCUAUUGUGUUACCUGCUUAUGAUCCUAUGGGCGCUUUAGCAUGUCCUCAGUAG